ACGGGUUGCAUCAUCCACAUCCCAGAAGAAAGUGCGAGAUAGCAAAAGGGGGAAAUGAUGGUAAUAGCACCUCCUACCUCUCUUUCUCUCUCUUCAUGUAAAUGCCGUCCUUCUUUCAGUCUUCCCACUUUCUCCAAGUUCUUGUUCUCCAAACCAAAACCAUUUACAAUUGUGGCAAUGAGUGAAGACCCAGUUCUUGAGUGGAUUCUCACUGAAGGGAAGGCAACACAGAUUACUAAAUCAAGUUCUGUUGGUGGUGGUUGCAUCAAUCUUGCCACUCGUUACGAUACCGAUGUUGGUCCUUUCUUUGUUAAAACUAAUAGGAGUAUUGGCCCAUCCAUGUUUGAAGGGGAGGCUCUUGGUUUGAGACUUAUGUACGAAACCAAUACAAUUCGUGUCCCUAAGCCAUACAAAGUUGGAUCUCUACCACGAGGUGGCUCUUACAUCAUUAUGGAAUUCGUAGAAUUUGGGGCAGCUAGAAGUGGCCAGCCUGCUUUAGGUAGAAAGCUUGCAGAAAUGCAUAAAGCUGGGAAAUCUGAGAAAGGCUUUGGCUUUGAAGUUGAAAAUACUAUUGGGAGUACUCCACAGAUUAAUACCUGGACAUCAGACUGGAUAGAGUUUUAUGCAAAGCAUAGACUGGGCUACCAACUUAAAUUGGCUCGAGAUCAGUUUGGAGAUUCUUUAAUCUAUGAAAAAGGACAAAAGCUGGCAAAGAACCUGGCACCGCUCUUUGAAGAUGUUGUGAUUGAGCCAUGUUUGCUGCAUGGUGACCUGUGGAGUGGGAAUGUAACCUAUGACAAGAAUGGCGAGCCUGUUAUUCUUGAUCCAGCAUGCUAUUAUGGACAUAAUGAAGCAGAAUUUGGAAGGUCAUGGUGCGCUGGCUUUGGUUCAUCAUUUUACAAUUCCUAUUUUGAGGUGAUGCCCAAACAACCAGGAUUUGAGAAAAGAAGAGACCUUUAUAUGUUGUAUCACUACCUUAAUCACUAUAAUCUCUUUGGCUCAAGUUACCGCUCAUCUUCACUCUCUAUAAUCGAAGAUUAUUUACGGCUUUCUACUGAGUUGUAAAUUUCCUGUACAUGUUUCUUUUGAAUGUAUGUAUUAGCAAAAAAAUUUAUACCAUCUUUCAUGUAUCAUUGUGUUAGAUAGGUACUGUUAGAGUAUUAGUCUAACACACUAGUGCUCCAUAUUAUCUCUUGCCCUGGUCUACCCCCCCCACCCACUGAAAAAGAAGCUACUUGUAUUUCGUAUUUGGUGCUUCGUAUUAUACUAUUUUGUCGGUCAUUGUAUUGUAUUUUGUAUUUCAUAUUUCAUAUUUCAUAAUGUUAUUCAAACUCUUCCUUUCA